AUAUCGUCCAUAAGAACGCCUCGGAAUUUUUCCACGCCUUCCUCGUUCGGAAAAGAGUGCGAGGGAGAUCUUGUGGUGAUGGCUUCCAUGGCGUCACCGACCACGUUCUGUUGCCGCGUGAAUUACGAUAAAUGUCGGAAAAAACUUCGCUCAAGUUUUCAUCCUGUUGCCGCGUCUCAACCAGAGGCUUCCGAAGACAAACCGGCGAAGCUAAUUGGUCGACGACAAAUAGUACUGAGGAGCAGCGAAUUAGCUACAAUCGGGGCCAUUUUACAGUUGAGUGGGAAGAAGCCAGAGUAUCUCGGGGUACAGAAGAACCAGAGAUUAGCUCUCUGUCCUGCUACAGACAACUGCAUAUCCACCUCGGAGAAUGUCGGUGACCGCGUCCAUUACGCCCCGCCUUGGGACUAUAAUGGAGGAAGGAAAACGCCUGUGACCAGAGAAGUCGCAAUGAAGGAGCUUCUUGAUGUUAUCAACUCGACAAGGCCGGACAAAUUUACUCCUCGUGUGGUGGAGAGGAAGGACGGCUAUGUGCAUGUAGAAUACCAAAGUCCAUUAUUAGGGCUUGUAGAUGAUGUGGAGUUCUGGUUUCCUCCGGGGAACAAGAACUCGACAGUGGAAUAUAGAUCAGCAUCCCGCAAGGGAAACUUCGAUUUUGAUGUCAACAGGAAGAGAAUAAAGGCUUUGCGACAAGAGUUGGAGAAGAAAGGAUGGGCUUCUCAGACCGGCUUCUGAUGUCAACAUGACAAAGAAUACGUUCAAGAUUCAUGUCUCUGUCUCGUCUUGUUUGUUUGAUUCUGCAGAUGUUUAAUGGCAACAAUCUUCAUAAACUGCAAGACGAUCAAUUCUUGCAACAUGAUUAAAUUGUAACA